UGAUACCAUUACUUUGAGUGGCAGAGGUAGUUGUACAAAUGUGUAUAUACUUACACAAAAUAAACGUUUCGUACCUGUGAGCAACUCUGCAAAGAAUUUGUUUUGAUAUAUAUCACGUGUGUAAAAAUAGUAUGUAUCGAUGGUUGUAGCAACGGGAAACAGUGUCGCAGUGCAGUGUGGGACAGUGGCGGAGUUAGGCAAGCGCAACUGACCAAGAAAAUGGAUGUGUUUCUGAUGAUUCGGCGUCACAAGACAACCAUCUUCACUGACGCCAAGGAGUCUACCACUGUUUAUGAGCUGAAGCGCAUUGUAGAGGGGAUCCUCAAAAGAGCACCAGAGGAGCAGAGACUCUUCAAGGAUGACCAGUUGCUUGAGGACAGUAAGACUCUUGGAGAUUGUGGGUUCACUAAUCAAACAGCAAGACCCCAGGCCCCAGCUACUGUUGGGCUAGCUUUCCGCAUCAAUGAUGAGGUAUUUGAGCAGCUGCGGGUGGAGCCAUUCUCUAGCCCCCCAGAGCUCCCUGAUGUAAUGAAGCCCCAGGACUCUGGCAGCACUGCUAACGAGCAGGCUGUGCAGUGAAGGGCAGAGGGAGGGAGGGAGAGGGGUGGGGGGGAGAGGGAAGUGUGAAAUAACGGUGAAGGAAGGAUAGAGCAUGGGAAGAGAUGGGAAAGGCAUACUUGGAGAAUAUGAUAGGGGACUGGUGGAAAUUGUGGAAAAGGCAGAGGGGAGUGAUUAGCUUCAUCAUCUUUCACUUAGCUGGUCUGUCACUCCCUAUGACUCCAGAAUACUAAGCAAACACACAUUCUAGUAAUACCUUUCUUUAAUUAACAAUAGCAUACAAACACAUUCAAUUUAUACACAUUGUCACUAUGACUGACUGACCAACUGUCAGUCAUACAAGAGUGACAGAGAUAAAGUAGGAAGAAGUAGGGUAUUGAUACAAAUGUAACAUCUUAUUUAAAUGUAUUCCUGUCUAAUUUUGGAGGAGGGUGACAAAGUAGAUGGUGUGUUUGUGUGAAUGUUUGGUAUUUUGGGAAGGAUUGCAGUUAUGUUACUGUGCUACAGUAAUUAUGAUUAUUAUUAUUAUUAGUAAAGAUUGCAAUUAUUUUAUGUAAGAAUGUGUGAGUGUGGGGGAUUUUUGUUGUGUGUGUUUGCCUAACUAGACAUAAUGUGCAUGAAAUGAAUAGAAAUACCCACAGACACAAAAUGGAUCCUGGAUGUAGAUUCACACACAGGCUGUUGCAAAUUUUUUUGCACAAGAAGAUAACCAUUUUAAUGUAAAUCUGUGAAAUUUUCACUCUUAAUGUUUGGUUUCCUGUAUUGUUUUACACAUUAGUUCUUCACCCUGGUCUUGGGAGUUCCCAUAGGUGUACUGUUUUUUUUAUCCCAGGUUAACUGUCCUUUUCUCAUUUGGACAAUUGGCAUAAUCUUUUAUGUAAUAUGUAUAAUGUUGUAGCUCUUAAACUGUACUUGAUGAUAAGUUUAAAAUCAAUCCUGAAAUUUCCUUUUCGUUCUGUGCUAAAACCAAAGACACAGUGUCAAGAAAAUGUGUGUGAAUUCUGUGAACCUUUUUUUUUUUUAGACAGAUUAGCUGGAACUCCUGGUCCAGAGGGAGAACUGAUGAUGUACAUUACUUACUGAGUAAUUGUCAGUUCUUUGUAGCACAUUUAACACUGACUCAGGCGUGCUUUAGAAAUGUCUUUCAGGUGUCUCCUGUGUGCUUUGUCUUAUGUGACAGAAAUGCAGUUUGAUACCAUGGUAUUUCAACAAACAAUCU